UUCAACAGACCCGCCUGUAUCCAAGAGGAAAACAAAUGCAGGAUUCUCAUUGUUACGACUGACGAGAAAGAUGUCCUUGGGGAAGGCAGGCGAAGAUGUGACGCUGGACAAGUGACUAUAAAUGCAAAAUUUGACAAAGACAUUUACCUCCCAGAGGAUGCCAAGUUUUACUUUGUUUAUGAUGGGUCCCUGAAGAGGCACAUAAUGUUUGCUGAGCGGGUUAGUGACAACGCUCUUCAGUCCAUUGUUCCAGGCCAUGGAUGCCAAGAAGCAGUUUCUGUCUCUGUGUUAAUGUUCACAAGGGGAUACUCACCUGUGGUCCUCGGCAUCUGUCCUGUCACUUACAGAGAGAAUCUGUCUUGCAAGUUGUCUUGGUUUCUGGUUGAUCACUCAGAAUGUGUCACUGCCGCUAGUCACAAUAUGUUGCUGGAUAAGUUUGGGCUAAGGAUAAAAAAUCUGCAGUCCCUGGAUAACAAUUUGAUGAUGGCCAUUGCUCAUGAAGAAUUGCCAUCCACCUGGAACAUCCUUGGAAGCUGCUCAGAAAGUGAUAAGGCUUUAUCUUACAUUGGAAAACUUUUAACAGUGCUUCAUCCCAUUGAGCUUGAUGAUUAUGGGCUAAAAAAUGCAGAGGAAGUAUUGGCAGAGCCUAACCAUAAAGAAACUCUUCUCCACCUUGUGAUGAAAUUGGGCUUGGUUAAGCUUUCCCAGUUCUUAGCUGCCCAGCCUGGAGGGUCAUCCACACUAGCAUUACCUAAUGAAGAUGGAGCAACACCAUUAGAUUUGGCUUUACAAAACAGGCGCUCCAAACUUGUUGAGGUCUUCACAAAUUUCCAGGGCAGUCACUCUCCUGACGUUUCAAGAGCAGAGAUCAGCGAGGGUGCUUGCCUGCAGUUUGUUCAUUCAUCAGGAGCUCUGACGCUGACAUUUAGCCACACAGCACAGCACUUGCUGGAGUUGGACAUUAAGCUCUUCAGAAAAUACUUCUGGGACAGACCUCUUCUUUACCAGAGUAUUAAUUCAAACCAAGUUGAGACAGUGGAAUGUCCAAAAAUGCCCUGCAGUACAACAAGCUCUGUAGAAGGUCCUGUGAACUUGGCAUCUGACGAAUUGUCCCAGGAUGAUACGAAGUCUCUUGUGUUUCCUUCUAGAGAAAAUGAAUAUCAUGUCCUGUUGGGCAUAGAGCAGAGACACUCUACUCUUGAUGUUCUCAGGAAACUGAAGGCUCCACCUACUUUCUUUGCCGCAACCAGACUUUCUGCCAUGCUGAGUGGAAGUGAUGAAGUAUAUGCAAACUGCAUGGUAGUAGACCAAGCUGGAGAUUUAAAAACUAACUAUGUGCAUGGCGAUGGUGGCAACAGUGAAACAAGUCUGAAUCCCACCAACACAAUCCCGAUGGCUAAGAGCUCUUCAUCGCCUUCCCUUGAGGAGAAUGACCAAUAUAUGUAUGUUCCAAAUGAAGGAAAUCAAAGGCCAGUGAAAAAUGGAGAAAAUGCAGAUUUAAUACAUACAGUUACACCUUCUGAUCCAUAUGGAGCAGAUUCAUACCUUCCAUUCAAGACCCAUGCAUUUAUUAAGGAUCGGGGCCAACUUUAUGCUGACAUGAAAAAAAGAAGUUCAAGUCUCGAUGACCUUGAAGUGGAUGGUGGAAGUGGAGGUGUUUCGGACAGAUCCCACGUUCACUACCCUCCCCUCGGCUCUUCAGAGGCCAUGGCUUGUAGCAGAGAUGGAUUAGACUUGUCUACCAGUCUGCAGCCCAAGGAAUGCACAGUGUCUGGGAUUCGGUCGCGCUCCUAUUCCUGCUCCUCACCCAAAGGUUUAUUGGGAAGACCUCGCAUUCCUCGGGAUUUUAUCAUUGGGGAUUUGAAUGAAGAGCGAGCGUACAGCCUGCCUGAGCAGUCCCGAGAGAAAAGGAUUCAGGAGGAAGAAUGGAGUAAAUACAUUGCACCCUCAAAAAUUGAGUCUGAAAAAUGUAAAGUGAGUCGGACCUUCAGCUUUCUGAUGAACAGAAUGACCAGCACACGGAAUAAGUGCAAGGCAAAAAAUAAAGAUACGAAAGAUAAAGAGAAACUGAACAGGCACAAUUUUACAAACGGGACCUUCUCAGGAGUUAUCCCAUGUAUGGCCUGUGAAAAGGCCCUCCUAGGAAAGGAGUCGCUGCAGUGCUCCCAUUGCAACGUGAUUGUGCAUAAGAGCUGCAAGGAGUGUGCUCCUCUGUGCACCAAGAAAUCCCAGGAGAGAUCCCAUAAUAAAAACAAACCCCAAGCUGCUGUAACAAGUAAGUUAGGAGACUCCCUGCCUGGAGACAUUUCACAGACGAUGCUCUCCCCAGUGCAUUCUUCUUCCUCUGUGCCUAUCGGACUGUCUGCUGGAAGGAGGGAAGCCUCGCAACAGUCUCACUUCUUGUCCAAAAGUGUCCCCGGUGCCAGUUUUGAAAGAAGAUCUACUCCAUUUUCUGAACAAGACUCUGAGACUAGCACCUGGAGAUCCAAGUCACGGUCUGAAGAGAUGUUACAAGCAUUAGGGACCUUUUCUUCAAUGGAACCUUUUAUGAUGGAAGAUGAUGUGGAUUUGUCUCAGUGGACUGAUCUCCGCACAGAUGCACAAGAGUUUGAGGCAGAGUCCUGGAGUCUUGUUGUGGAUCCAAUGUUCUGUAGCAAGCAAGAAAAGGAUGUCAUCAAGAGGCAGGAUGUCAUUUUUGAGCUGAUGCAAACAGAAGUGCAUCACAUCCAUACCCUGUUCAUUAUGUCUGAAAUAUUCAGGAAAGGGAUGAAGGAAGAACUGCAGCUGGACCACAGCACGGUGGACAGAAUAUUCCCCUGCUUAGAUGAGCUACUAGAGAUGCACAGGCAAUUCUUCUGCAGAAUGAAGGAGAGACGGCAGGAAUCAUGUGAGGCAGGGAGUGAACGUAAUUUUGUCAUCAGCAGAAUUGGAGACAUCCUUGUGCAGCAGUUUUCAGAGGAGAAUGCAACUAAAAUGAAGAAAAUAUAUGGAGAAUUUUGCAGCCAUCAGAAAGAAGCUGUUAAUCUCUUCAAAGAGUUGCAACAAAACAAGAAGUUCCAGAAUUUUAUUAAACUGAGAAAUAGUAACCUGUUGGCACGACGCCGAGGAAUCCCCGAGUGCAUUUUGCUCGUCACCCAGCGAAUCACCAAAUACCCUGUUCUGGUUGAAAGGAUAUUGCAGUACUCAAAAGAAGGAACAGAAGAACAUAAAGAUCUGUGCAAAGCCCUUCAUCUAAUUAAGGACAUGAUUGCAGCAGUAGAUUUGAAAGUGAAUGAAUAUGAGAAAAAGCAGAAGCUGCUGGAAAUUCUCAGUAGAACUGAAAACAAAACAUACACAAAGCUGAAAAAUGGCCACGUUUUUAGGAAGCAAGACUUGAUGAGGAAAGAGAGGAUACUUCUUCAUGAAGGUUUAGUUUACUGGAAGACAGCGACUGGUCGUUUCAAAGACACCUUAGCUCUGCUCCUAACUGAUGUACUAUUGUUCUUACAAGAAAAAGAUCAAAAAUACAUCUUCGCAGCUGUCGACCAGAAGCCUUCUGUCAUCUCCCUUCAGAGGCUCAUAGUGAGAGAAGUAGCCAACGAAGAAAGGGGGAUGUUUCUGAUUAGCGCUUCAUCUACAGGGCCUGAGAUGUAUGAAGUUCAUACCAACUCCAAAGAGGAACGUAACAACUGGAUGAGGCAUAUUCAAGAUGCAGCGGAAAGUUGUCCAGAGGAAGAAGAAGAAGGAAAAAUGAGUGAAUCUGAUGAGGACAGACGUAUUGCUGAGGCCAAAGCAUCCAGAAUUCAGAAAUGUCAAGAAUCACUGAGUAACCAGGACCAGCAGAUCUGUAGUUACUUGGAAGAGAAGUUGCAUAUCUAUGCAGAACUGGGAGAUAUGAAUGGGUUUGAGGAUGUUCAUGUAGAACCUCACCUCCUUAUCAAACCUGAUUCUGGAGAAACUCCACAGGCUGCUUCAUUGCUGGCAGCAGCACUCAGAGAAGUUGAAAGUCUCCACGUUGCUGUAAUGACAUCACAAGUGAGUGAAACAGACAGAUUGCCAGAGGAAACUGUGGAGGAACUAAGUGUGAAGCACAGAUUUAGUGCUAAUGAAAUCCUGGAAUCUGUUCCUGGUGAUGCAGAAAUAAAAGAAGUUGAAGAAUCAUCUGAACUCGAUGUCAGUGUUGAAAAGGAAAUGGCAGGUGCCAAUCCAGAGGAUAAGGGAGGAAGUAUGAGUUUCCCAGGAUCUACAGGGACAGAGAUUGUACAAGCAAUCCAGAACUUAACCCGUCUCUUGUACAGCAUACAGGCAGCACUAGCUAUCCAGGACAGCCACAGAGAGCUCCAUAGGUUACUCCUGCAAGAGAAUGAGAAGAUCGGUCGGGGCCAUGGUUCUCGGCUAAACCUCCUUCUGGAACAAGAAAAAUACCGGAAUCUGGAAAAACAAAGGCUGGAGCUGGCCAACAUAGACAAACUGAAGCAGCAGUUUCAGCAAGAGCAGCAGUGGUGGCUGCGUGAAUGCGACCAGCGGCAGCGGGAGCAGGAGGCGAGGGAGGGGGGGCUGGGGCAGCGUGAGAGGGAGUGCGGGUGCCAGGAGGAGCUGCUGGAGAGGAGCCGACAGGGACUGGCACUGCAGCUGCAGGGGGACGCGACGAGACUGGAGAGGCUCCACUGGAAGCACCAUCAACAUAGUAGCCUGUUGUCAUCCACAGGGAGCUGUAAGAUACUGGGAUGCAAUCAGUCAGACAGCUUACAUGGCGAAAAUACAUUCUACUUAAAUGAAGCUGUAGUGUGUGUGUCUCUAAGCAGUCUCAACAGAUCAGAUUCUUCUCUUGUUUGUGAGGAUGGUGUGUAUGGGCUGAACAUCUCAAAUUCUGAUAUGCCAAGGACUAGUGAAAAUCAGAUGGACCUCAAAAUGGACACUUCUUGUCAGCCAACGUUAACUAGUGCACUGUGGAAAUCCACUGAUCCUUACCAGCAGAUGUCUUUUUCCUCCAAAAGCAACAAGGAUGCCUUUAAUAAUGGGGGUGAGAAGGCACUGGAGGGAGUCAGACCAAAGCAGAGCCAGGGUCUACAAAGGUGCAGCUGCAGGAAUAGAGACGAAGAAAACUUGUAG